AUGAUUCGUUGUUGGAAAAAGCACUAUCCAUUGACGGUCGCCAAAUGCCACAACCCAUUGACCGGGACGGAGGAAAAUCGCUUAAUGGUUGACGGUAAAAUGGUCUUGAGGUCGAGCGAAAUCGGUUUCGCGACAAAACAAGCGUUCGAGGAAAGCAAAGGCGCGGGUUCCAAAAAAAUUCGGCAUCGUCUUAAAUCUGUAUUCAGCGGCGUAACACAUAGGAACGUUCAGACGUCUCUGAAAUCUCUACCCGAGAAGCAGUCCGUCAAUCCAAUAUUCGACAAUGUAGCUCCUCUGAAACCUAUUCGUGCGUGUUCGAUACAAGAACGCCACCAAAUCGACUUAGUUGAUAUGUCGCGAUACACCGAAUUUUAUGACGGUCAAGAGUACAGGUAUAUUUUGUCGGUUAUAGACGUGUUCAGUCGUUACAUAUGGCUUCGCCCCCUCCGCUCGAAAGAAAGCACCGAGGUUGCAGACGCGCUCGAGUCCAUUUAUCAAAGCGAAGGACCGCCAAAAAUUAUUCAAUGCGAUAAUGGUCGAGAAUUUCAUGGAACAGUUACCCAAUUGGCCGAGGUAUUGGGUUGUCAAAUUAUCAAUAGCCGACCGUAUUAUCCACAAAGUCAAGGUAAAAUCGAAUCGUCGCAUAAAUCGUGGAAAUCAAAGAUUAAGUACGACUUACUUAAAACAAUCGAUUCGAAUUGGGUUCGGGAUUUACCAAAAUACGCGAUGUUACGCAAUGAAGAGUAUCACUCUUCAUUAAAGGCGUCGCCAUUUUACGUGUAUCACGGCCGGGAAUCUAAUCGCGUGCGUAAAUCUACUCGACUUGGGCCGAGCGUUCCGAAUCACGUUUCUAGUCAGCUAAAAAGGCAAUCAGCUGUCCGCAACGCAGCCUUAUUGGCAUCGAACAAACGCGAAAAAACUAUGAUAAAACACCAUUUCAAAAAACAUCAAGUUAGUGUGUAUAGCGUGGGCGACGACGUGUAUGUAAAAUCUCGAACGCACAAAAAUUACAAUAAAGCUAAGCCACGUUUCGAAAGAGGGAAAGUAAUCGCUACUAAACACAACGCGUUCUCGUAUAAAAUCAAGUUUUCUAGUGGGGUUUCGCGUUGGAUAAACGUUCAAAAUAUAGCUGCGAUUUCGCGUUCCGAAGAAUUGUUAAAAAGGCAAAAACGUCAUCGAUUAAGAUUUAAUCCCAUGUGCGAAUGUAUCAGCGAUGAAUGCUCACGAAAGUCGGACCCCAACUGCAAACACAAACUCAGUAAAUUUUGUUGCCGCAAAAGCAAAAUUUCGUGUUCGCUGCCGUCUCAUAAUUUCCCUCAUAUAUCGGAUUUCUAUCUGUCCGAAAACUUAGUUAACCAACUUAAAGGACCGAGCCUUUCGAUAACCGAUACAGCCCAUGACGACUUGGUUCGAAAUGCGCUUGAACGCGAUUUAGUUCCUGUUGGAAACAUUCCUAAAGACGGCAGCUGUCUAUUCCAUUCUGUUGCACAAUCGCUCUCAAGUCAGUUACAAACCGAUCUUGGUCAGCAAGAUAUCCGAAAUGUCGUGGUUAAUUGGCUUUCCGAAAAUCCCGAAACACCAGCCGGCGACCGCUUCUCGCAGUUCAUUCCUAACCUAGACUGGGACACCUAUUUAGAGGGCAUCUUAGGUACCGAAUGGGGCGAUCACAUCUGCAUUACAGCCAUAGCAAACGCGUUUAACAUCGCAAUAGGUAUCGUGUCGAGCGCCCAGUCCGACUUAAAUUACAUUUUACCUUUCAAUCCUCAAAAUCGGGAACAUCUUUUGCAUAUUUAUUUGGGUCAUGAGUUCGAGUUUCAUUUUAUUAGAUUAGAGCCAAUAGUAGGCAUGCAGUCAGAUGUUUUUAAUAGUGCAGUUAAUGUUCAAAAUGUAAAUAUAACAUGUCUUCAAAACAAAAAUACAAUCUCAAAUCACAAUAUCACAGACAACUGUAGUGAUUUUUACAACCAUUCUUUUCAGGAAGUUAUUCAACCUACAAAUUAUUCGACUGAUUCAGUUCUGAACCUACAUUUAUCUACAGACGACAGUUCAUUUUCUCCUCAAAGCAGCCAUCUAGACAGCGCCCCUUGUCACACAGAAGAGGAACACAUUGAUGCUCCUCUCCUGUCAACGUUAGAUUCAUCAGCCUCCCCAACAGCCGCCUCAGACAGAAACGAUCUCAAUUCCACAGAUCAUGACAGGUUAUCCCCUCCAAGCCUUAAUAUGUCAUUUUAUAUUGAUCCGCCUUCUUUAAUUCAAAUUGCAGAUACAGCAAAUGGUUCAAAUUAUGACGAGGAACCUCCGGUGUUAUCACCAAUUCAUUUAAGGUCAAUAGUGCGCCCUCCUAAGAAGUUCACACCAAGUGAUUAUGUCAGGGCACGUAAAUCUGUGUUUCCUGAUGGCGUACGACACAACUGGUCUCUUCGUAAGUUAAGCCGAGUGGCGGGUCCUGGGAGUGGAGUAAUGAUGGAACUGCGUGACGUACUGAGACCAAUUUCUUCCCGAUGGAUAAAUGGCUACAUCGAGAUCCUCGCAACAGCAAUCACCGGAUGGUAUUAUAUUGUCGGUUUUAAAUUCAAACAGUAAAAUUUAAUAUUCGCGUGUGCAGCGUUAGUAAAUGAGCGUCAAUUGACGGUGGUAUGGCCUAUUUUCCCUAAAUAGGCUUCCAGUUGGAGCCACCAAUCGCGCAAAUAACAUAACAACAGUAAACAUGUGGUACGGCCUGUCUCCUUAUGAGCUGGCUUCCAGUUGGAGCCACGUGUCGCGCAAAUAUAGGACAAUAUGUAAACAAAAUGAAUUUAUUUAUUUAUUUAUUUAUUUAUUUAUUUAUUUAUGUAUUUAUUUAUUCCAUUAUCUUUUUCAAUGUAGAAGUAAAGGAAACACUUUCAAAACAAAGCAAUGUUGA